AUGGACGGCCAGCGACAGCAACAAUACAUUCCCGUUCCCCCGCCUUCUUCAACUCAACCUUCUCAGCCGCAUAUAUUGCUGCCUCCGCCGCCGCCACGAUACCCUCUGCCACAGCCUCAGGGUUUGAUGCUCCCGCCCCCCCCCGGACCACCUCCGGGGGCAACAUAUGGCCCCUCUAAGAUAGCGAACCCCCAGAUACAACACCAAGCCAAUCUCCAAUGGGCGCCAAAUUGGGCACCACGGCAAAUGCUAUCCCAGGGUAUUCUUCCUCCCCCACCUCCUCCUCCCAUGCUCCCGGCAAACCAACAAGCCUAUGGUCGAGCUCCUCUGUCAGUUGCUGGUGAAGGCCGUACUUCUGCAACUUACGUUCCGCAAGGCGGAACGUUUGGUCCGGGGGUAGGAAUACCUGCAUUUGACUCACAUUCCCUUUCUGCAUAUGAGACUCAAGGGACUCUGGCGGGUAGCGAUCGACAACAACUGACGAUUAACCAACCAUACGAAUAUCCUAACGCAGACUCUGCAUAUAAGCGAGACGGGACCAUUCCGCCUACACCGUCAGCUCGCACUAUUCCUCCCUCUUUAGCCUCAAAUGAUGCAUCGCACGACCCGUUUUCCACGAUGACUGCGCAAAACCCACAAACCCAGCACCAAGACCAGAACGCCGAAGUGACAAAAUCACCUAGUCAUCGCCAAAGUAAUAACAACAUGUUGCUAGGUGGUAUGUCACCCAGCGAAGCUGCCGUCCAGUGGCCUCUGGAGAGGGUCUUAUUGUGGCUUGCAAUGAAUGGAUUUUCCAACGACUGGCAAGAAACUUUCAAGAGCCUCGAAAUCCAGGGGGCAGAUUUUCUUGAGCUGGGCCAUGGGUUUAAUGGCCGCCCAAACUGGGGUAAAAUGCACAAUGUUGUUUACCCUCAACUCGCGAGAGAGUGUGAAAAUAGUGGAACCAAAUGGGAUCUGACGCGAGAACGAGAGGAGGGGAAACGAAUGCGCAAGCUGAUCCGUCAAAUACAGGACGAUCCGAAUUAUGAUUCUGGAAUACCUAUUCCAAAGCAGCGUGAUUCUCAGACAUUGGCGAGUGGUGGCCCCGAAACAGCUUCGGAGUCUUCUCCCAAGUAUAUUAGUGAGCCGGUGUCCGCUGGUCCAGCUGCGAAUAGUCCCAAUUUCAAAACACUGCAGCCUGCUUACAACCAAAAGCACAACGGACAAACCCGCUCUUUCACAACCCCUAACCCUGUUAUCCAUGAUCAUGCGUCAUCAGAGCUCAAUUCCAGUGAAGGCACCUCUUGGAGUCGAUCGGAUAUUUCACGGGCUGCACUGUCCACUCUCAGUGGCGAUCAUCGGAGGCAAAGUCCUUCUGUUUCUAGUGAAAGUGGCAAUUUCCCUGCUAUUCGGCCAUAUGAAGAUAGUCCCAAAAGCGGCAGUCCAGCUAUGCAACAUGCCGCACUUGCACAUCCGGGCUUUUCAUCUACUGGUGACUUCAGAGAACAUACACGAAUGAACAGCUCAGACUCAAUUACAGGUCGCCGCUACUAUGAAAAUUAUAAGCAGGACAACGCCCGUACUUCGCCGCUGGAAACCUACAAUCGCCCGGUGGAACAUACAUCAUACUCUAAGGACCAUAGCAAUCGACUGUUUCAUUUUUUCAAAAAGAAGACGAAAAGUGGUGACUCGAGUCAUCCAUCCCCCGAGGAGCAAUUAUUGGAGUCUCCCACUAGUCCGGAGACACAGCGUCAAAACGGCUCUCUUCUUCCUUACGAUAAGCAAAAUUUCAGCAGUAGCGACAUAUCGGUAGAUCAACAUCCGCCACCUGCGUCAAAGCCUGUACCCAAAGAGAAGAAGUGGGCUUUCGUCACAGCAGAUGGAUGGAACUAUCGUCUGGUGGAUAUCACGGAUCUAGAGUUAAUAGAUCAAUUGCGUGCUGCGAUUUGCCAAAACCUUGGAAUUUCUGAUUGGGCUGGCUCCCAAAUUUUCCUGAGCGAUCCCGGUCAAGUUGAACACGACGAGCCUUUGAAUGACACGUCUUUGUUUAUCCAUCGAAAGGCGAAGUCAGAUUCGACUCGGACUCUCAUACUUUACGUUCGAGGGCCACACUUAUCCUCUGGCACGACCAACUCUCCACACUGCACAGGACUUGGGGUUUCAGUUCCAGACAAGGGGACAGCCUCACCAACAACCGUACAGCACCAGUUGCAUAGAAAACCACUUGACGAUGAAGCUCUCAGUAGGCUCUCGCCGCAUAAUCCAGCCAAACCUACCUCUCCCCAGCUCCCCUCCCGGACACAGCAGCUGAGACCUCCUUCGUCUAGGCUUCCAGCCUACGACAUAGCACAAGGAGCACUAGGUUCUUCUCCGGUAGAUAGUGGCCAGGACUCCAGAUAUGCUACUAAUCUAGAAAAGGCAGAGUUCAUGGCCCAGCAACAGGAUGGGAAACGCGAGGCGGAGCAAAAACAGAAGGCUACCCGUUUCUCAACAGUCCCGCCUGCACCGCACCCGAGGAAGGAUAUUUAUGGUGAAACUGGUUAUAGGCGUAGAGAACUCAUUGAUUUCGACUCACCCCGUAGAUCGCCUUAUGAAGACAAGAAAGUUGAGCCUCUCGUACCUCAGCGCAAGCCACCUACUGCUCCUCCUGAGUCAAAUACACUCACCAAAAUCAAUUCUCUUCGGAGGACCGAUCGCCCGGUGCUUCAUGGGCAUGGAGCCACGGCUGGUACGGACAGAACCAGCGUCGUGGGAAGCCAAUCGCCAUCGGCCCAGGUAGGGCCAGGACUAAACAGUCUUGGAGGUAACUCCAGUACUACAACACCAGAUGAACCAAAGAGCGCAUCGCGAUUCUCUGUGGAGUCGAAUGGCCAAAGUACUCCAACUUCUCACACCAAUCAGUACCUUGCUAAAUCUGGUGUUGCGUCUCCUGAGCGGUCCAGGCCUAGUGCGCAGUCACGCAAAUCUUAUGGACCUGAAUUUGAUUUUGAGGAGACUGAGGUCUCCUUCCAACGCUCGCCUGAAGUCACCUUCCUACGCUCGCCUGAGCCCCAAGAAGACUCAGAUGAUGAUUCUGACGAUGGCCUUUUCGCAAUCCCACUGGCCAAUAAGACACCAGUAAAGGAGAAAGGACCUAUGAUUGGGAGCCCAGAAGCGCAGAAGAGGUCCGAGAAACCAUCCCUUACAUUGAACACCGAAACCAGGUUAAAGAAAGAACUAUCCGUGAGGUUUAGGUCACCUAGUACUAGCCACGAGAACUUCAAUCCUUCUAGUUGUAACAAAGGCAGUGGGAAGGGAACAUCGCCCGACAUAGCCGAUUCGUCGGAGGAAAAGAAACCACCACCUCGAAGGGAUUCAUUUGUACGAGGGAACAAUUGGGCAAGCAGACCUCCUGUCGAAGGAGUCAUCGAAUACUUGGAUGAAUUCUUCCCUAACAUUGACCUUGAUGCUCCUUACCUUGAUGGACAAGGCGGGUCACCACCGUCAUCACCUGCCAGCAGAGCUCCACCAGAGAAUGACACGAUCCAAAGAGAAAGACAAGAUAGCCAAUCUUUUCCUUCACCGCUCCCUGCCAAUGCCGACAAUAGUACUCUGGGCUCUAGCGAGCCGACUCUGAAAGCACAUGAUCCCGGAAUUAUUGCUCGGCGUAACAUCAAUCGUUCUGGGGGCCUUACCCGAGGGAAGUCGAUUCGAGAGGUUGCGAGAGGUGCCAACCAAGCCAGUAGGAACCGAAGUGUCCACUCGUCCACUAGCAACCCAAAAUCUGGUGAUAUUUUGCGACGUAAGAGCACGAAAAUGUUCGGAGCCAAGAUCAUGCAGAUCAGCCCGAAGCCUGGCAGCCGUCUCAGCCAGCUUGAUCCUAUUCCUCAAAACAAUGUCGCUCCGGGCAAUCUACCCCAGAGACAACCAACAUUCCGCAUCAUUAGGGGUCAACUUAUUGGCAAAGGGACCUACGGUAGAGUGUACCUGGGCAUGAAUGCUGAUAAUGGUGAGGUCUUGGCGGUCAAGCAGGUAGAGGUUAAUCCCAGAAUUGCAGGUCAAGACAAAGAUCGGAUCAAGGAGAUGGUGGCAGCUAUGGAUCAAGAAAUUGACACCAUGCAACACCUCGAGCAUCCGAAUAUAGUGCAAUAUCUCGGAUGUGAACGAGGGGAGUUCUCGAUUUCCAUAUAUCUCGAGUAUAUCUCUGGUGGCUCCAUCGGUAGCUGUCUGCGCAAGCAUGGCAAAUUUGAGGAAAGUGUGGUGAAGUCUCUCACGCGGCAGACCUUAGGCGGGCUAGCGUAUCUCCACAACCAGGGAAUCUUACAUCGUGAUCUGAAAGCAGACAACAUUCUCCUGGAUCUCGAUGGGACCUGCAAGAUCUCCGACUUUGGCAUUUCCAAAAAGACCGACAAUAUCUACGGAAACGAUUCGACCAACUCUAUGCAGGGAUCUGUAUUUUGGAUGGCGCCAGAGGUCAUUCACUCUCAGGGCCAAGGGUACAGUGCCAAGGUGGAUAUUUGGUCCCUGGGGUGUGUGGUACUGGAGAUGUUUGCCGGUCGUCGACCCUGGAGCCGAGAGGAGGCGAUUGGGGCCAUUUUCAAACUGGGAAGUCUGAGUCAAGCUCCCCCAAUCCCGGAUGACGUAUCCUUGAAUAUCAGCCCAGCAGCGCUUGCCUUCAUGUACGACUGCUUCACAGUGGAUUCAUUGGAACGACCCACAGCUGAGACACUUCUCACCCGUCAUCCUUUCUGUGAACCGGAUCCCAAGUAUAAUUUCCUAAAUACGGAACUCUAUGCCAAAAUCGGCGAAGAUUCAUAG